AUGGGUCAGGGCUUUUCCCUCACUACGCUUUCAGCUGGCUCGGCCAAUAUCGAUGUGCCGGAGCUGGCUGAUCUGCAAUAUGAGAAGUCACUGGGAGCCGCGCGUUUCAUGAAAGCCGUUAGGGCACGGCACAAAGACGGCCUCGUUGUAGCACGCGUCGUCAUGAAGCCGUACGCUCAGUUCGACUUUCAGGCUUAUGUGAAGCGUUUGCUCCAUGAACGCAAAGUGCUCGCUGAUGUUCCAAAUGCUGUGGCAUACCAUCGCGUUAUUGAGACUGCGGCUUGUGGCUACUUGGUCCGCCAAUACGUACACAGCUCGUUGUAUGAUCGGCUGAGCACUCGUCCAUUCCUAGAGGAAAUCGAGAAGAAGUGGCUCUCUUUCCAGCUACUUUGUGCCGUGCGGGAUUGCCAUGCUAGGCACAUCUUUCAUGGUGAUAUCAAAACCGAAAAUGUCCUGGUCACCUCAUGGAACUGGCUGUACCUUGCCGACUUUUCAUCGUCAUACAAGCCAGCACAUCUUCCGGAAGACAACCCUGCCGACUUUUCCUUCUAUUUUGAUCUGUCUGGUCGUCGGACCUGCUACCUUGCCCCCGAAAGAUUCUUGGCUGCUGGACAGCAACCAGAAGGCGAAGGAGUUGUGAACUGGGCCAUGGACAUUUUUAGUGUUGGCUGCGUCAUUGCUGAACUCUUUCUCGAAGCCCCAAUAUUCUCAUUGAGCCAGCUGUUCAAGUACCGUCAAGGCGAAUACAACCCAGAGCAUUCUCACCUAAACAAGAUCCAGGACGCAAAUAUACGGGAGUUGAUUAUGCACAUGAUCCAAGUCGACCCGAAUUCGAGAAUGUCUGCCGACGACUACCUCACACACUGGAAAGACAAGGUGUUCCCAAGCUAUUUUUAUGGGUUCCUACAGCAGUAUAUGUACUCAAUCACCGACCCAUCAUCCGGUCGGAAGCCUGUUACCACCGGCGCUGAGCAUCUUGGAGAGCCAGACGAACGAAUAGAGCAGAUUUACAAUGAUUACGACAAGAUCUCCCACUUGCUGUCCAGUAACGGAGGGAAAGAGCUGUCGAGACCGCAUCAUUCACCCCCCAAUCCUAACGCGCGGCUGUUUCCGCUUUUCGUCAACAUUCCGAACUAUCAACACCAAGCCUCACCUACUCAAAGCCUAGCUAUCGACGAUGGAAACUUGAUCUUCCUAACCAUUGUCGUCUCCUGUCUGAGGGGUACAGCAAGAGCCACGGCACGUGUUCGAGGACUGGAACUUCUCAUGGCUUUUUCAGAACGCCUGACCGACGAAGCAAAACUGGACCGCGUGGUCCCUUACGUGUCUCAGUUACUGACCGACAAAUCUGAACAAGUAAAAAUCGCUGCUUUGCGCACAUUGACACAGAUCUUGGCGAUGGUGCAGGUUGUCUCCCCAAUCAAUGCAUACAUCUUCCCUGAAUAUGUUCUGCCACGGCUGGAAGCCUAUCUCCCAGAUUCUUCAACCACAAUCAGCCCUCUUGUCCGAAUGCAGUAUGCCUUUUGCAUCGGUACUCUGGCGACAACUGCAGCAAGGUAUCUCGACAUGAUUCAGGCGCUGCGAGCUGAGGGGUCUUUACCGGCAGCGGAUCCAGAGACUGAAGACGACCUGUCUUCGUCCGCGCAUCGAAACCAAUUUGACUCAGAUCGUCGUAUCUUACUUGAAUCAUUUGAGAAGCAUACAAAGGCCCUUCUCACAGACUCGGAUGCUUCUGUCCGUCGGGCUAUGCUUCGUUCUGUUUCCGAUCUGUGCGUGUUCUUCGGCAGUCCGAGAGCGAAUGAUGUUGUUCUUAGUCACUUGAACACGUAUUUAAAUGAUCUAGAUUGGAUGCUUAAAUGCGCCUUCUUCGAAGCCAUCGUCGGAGUAGCCGUGUUUGUUGGUGGCGCCAGCUUAGAGGGGUAUAUCUUACCACUCAUGGUUCAAGCGUUAACCGAUCCAGAGGAGUUCGUCGUGGAGAAGGUCAUGCGAGCUCUCUCUUCAAUGGCAGAGCUUGGGCUCUUUCAGCGCUCGAAGACCUGGGAGCUGGUCGAUAUUGUAGCGCGGCUUACGAUGCACCCUAAUCUCUGGAUCCGGGAAGCAGCUGCACAGUUCAUAUCUGCAGCCUCUAGGUACCUAUCCUUGGCUGAUACGCAUAGUAUUUUGGUCAAUUUGAUUCGGCCUUAUCUCAAGGUCGUACCAUCCGAUUUUUCGGAGCUGCGAAUCCUCGAAUCCUUGAAGAGUCCAUUGACAAGGUUACUCGUGGAGAUGGCCUCGAACUGGGCAUUGCAGGCACAGAAAGGACUGUUCUGGGCUCCUGCCAAACAGCAGCAGACUUUCACAUUUGGAUCCUCAGACGAUAGCUUACCAGCCAUAUCUGGCCGACAACUGGACCAUAAAGUACUGCAAAGAUUACCGAAGAACGAAGAAGAUGAUCUGUGGUUAAAGAAGCUUAGGAACGCAGGUAUGACACUAGAAGAUGACUUUAAGCUUGUGUCACUACGGGAAUUUAUCUGGAGAGUGAGUCACCGACGGCGCUCGGAUAGUCUGGCAUUACCGCCUGCAAAGUUCAAUAGCAUUGUAGCGUUGAAAGACCUUGGUGUCAAGGCACUUACCGUUCUAUUUGACGAGGAUGUACGCAAGACUGUGGAACAAGCACCGAAACCCGAUUCUCGGCAAGAUGGCUCUAUGCAACCUAGGACAAUUAGGGACGCGCUACUAGAUGCGUCAACAACCGAAGCUGAUGCACUGGCUGAUCGAAUGCCAACCGCUGAAACUCAAACCGGACGUUUGAUACGUGAGGAGAUGAGCACACGCCGCAUAUCGAUUCCAUCUCAUCCGAACUUAUCAUCCUCUCCCGGCGAUACGCGCUCCGCUCGAGAUUCACCGCCAUCUAUAUCUGAGACACAAAGGAAGUCUCUGCAAGCUGCGAGAAGCUCACCUACCGAUGACCCCAUGCAUGCUCUUCUUCAUCGUAGUAGUGUUUUAGGUCUACUCAGUAAAGGAGAGAAUAAAGCACUAGCUGAGAUUGGAACAACAUCUGCUAAUGCCUUUGGAAAGGUUGAUGGAGCUCAUGUGCGAGAUUCGUCUCGAUCCCGUCAGCCCAUCUCACCACUUGGCAUCGAUCGACCUCAGGGAAUUCCGCCGCGGAUCCGGUUUCGAAAUGCUCACAACUACACGGGCAAUGAUCCUGCAGUCUUGAAACUUCUUGAUUCGAUGCUUUUGGAGCGCUUCCCAUCUAGCGAAAUUGAAUUUGGCCCUCGCAUUCAGCCCCCCAUUCGGCGGCAGCCAAUCAGAUACAAAGACUCCCACCAAACGCCGGCAGGUAUUCCCUGGCGACCUGAAGGUACUUUGGUUGCGAGUUUUGGCGAACAUGCAGCUGCAGUGAAUCGGAUACUGGUGUCUCCGGAUCAGGGCUUCUUCAUCAGCGGCUCGGAUGAUGGCAGUGUAAAGGUCUGGGACACCUCACGACUCGAGCGUAACAUCACCCGACGGUCUCGACAAACCUACAGGCUCGGAGAAGACGUCAAAGUGACAAGCCUUGUGUUUGUGGAGCAAACUUACUCCUUCGUCGCAACUGGCAGUGACGGGAGUGUCCACGUAGUACGCGUAGAUUACUACCAUGGCCAGGACGGUAGCGCCAAGUUCGGACGACCUCGAUUGCUCCGAGAGUAUCAGCUACCUAAAGGUGAUUACGCGGUCUGGUCUGAACACUACAAUGAAGAUAAUGAGUCAGUUCUUUUGUUGGCUACCAAUACCUCCAAGGUGAUCGCACUGGAUUUAAGGAUUAUGGAAGUCCUUUUUACGUUGCAAAAUCCGCUAGAUCAUGGAACGCCAACUUGUUUCUGCGUAGAUAGGAAAGCACAUUGGCUGCUGUUGGGAACAUCACACGGUGUCCUUGACCUCUGGGAUCUUCGGUUUAAGCUACGUCUGAAGGCCUGGGUAUACCAUGGCGCUUCACCUAUACACCGACUUUACCAGGUAUUCCUACCCAAGGCGAAAAGGACUCGAUUGUACAUUACCGGGGGUAGUGGCCAGGGUGAGGUGACUGUGUGGGACUUUGAAAAGCAAAUUUGCAAAGAAGUGUAUCGCACAGGCGCCUGUAAAGACGUAGGGACAAAGAGUACUACGCUCAUUGAUCUCGAUGAAGAGAAGCCGGGUGGCAUGCUGGGCCGCUUUGCGACGAGUCUGGAACCUACGGCAAACUCUACGGCAGAUCGCGGCAUUCGCGCGCUUGCAGUGCACACACAGGCGAUUGACGACAAGGGCGAAUCGAAACAUACGUUCCUUCUCACAGCUGGUCCAGACUGGAAGAUCCGAUACUGGGACACAAACCGCGCGGAAUCAUCUAUGGUAGUCAGCGGGUUGGAAGCGGACGAAGCAAAGCCGCAGUACACUAGCUCUCAGCCGAGCCCAGACACCGUGGUCACAACAGAACGGCUUUCUCAACCCCAGAUCCAGGGCUCAAACGGGCGGGACAGUAAAAGCUCUACUUCAAGCAGGAAGACACCACAAAAAUCUCCCCGGUCGGGGCUGAUCUCUUUACAACAACAGAAUCUGCUCAAAAGCCACAUGGACAAUAUACUAGAUGUGGCGCUUAUUGAGCAGCCUUACGGGAUGGUGAUUUCGGCAGACCGGUCAGGCGUCAUCAAUUUGUUCAUGUAG